AUGGCAAAGAAAAACUCCAAGGUUUCCACCAAGAAGAGAAUGAGUGUUAUAAAGAAUGAGUAUAUGAUAAGUAGCAAAAAGAAGGAGUUUAGGCGAGAGUUGAAGGGCCUGCAGAAGCAAGUUAAAUCGCAACCUCAGGUUAAUGAUAUUGAUAUGGACAAUAAGGUUAAACACACUGGAAUUAACUUUUCGAGAUCAGUAGAUUCCACUCGGCCCCUGAGGGCCAGGGACAAGAAGAUUAUACAGAGGGCUCUGAAGCGCAAGAGGAAGUUGAAUACCUAG